UCGAAGAGGUCCAGGAGAAAUGGAAGCGACCCAACGUUAUUAAAUUCUUAGAGGAAAAUAAAGUGGAGUUAGACCUUGAUGAUGAUGACAUUCAAGUAAUCGUAAAGAAAAAGAUCUCUGGUCAUAACUUUCUCGAUUUAAGUCAAGAAAAACUUGAAGAGUAUGGCUUGCAACCAGGACCGGCAGACACAAUAGCAAAGUUGGCCAAAAAAAUCAAGGGCGAAGGGCAGG